CUCUCUCUCUGUCUCACUCUCUCUCUCAUAUGUGGCCAGUAAUGAGUCAGAGAGAGAGUCCAGAAAGCUGCUGCUGCUGCUGCUGCCUGACCAAACUAUAGUCUACUGCAGCGUCUGAAGCUGCUGCUGCUGCUGCUGCUGCUGUUGCUGCUGCUGCUGCUGCUGAGGGACCCAGAGCAGAAGAAGCAGAAAACCAGGAAGGAAAGAAGAACAGCACUGGGAGGAGAAAAAGAGAGAACAUCGGUUUCAUUUAAGAUUUCUUUGCGGUUAUUUUCAUGAUGAGGACAUUUGGAGUCCGAAGAGUUUGGACACAAGUGAGCAGCAGCCUGUGCUGAGCAGGAUAUUUUUAUUAUUAUUAUUAUUAUUAUUAUUAUUAUUAUUAUUACAACAACAUUAUCAUUCAAUAUUAUUGUUGCUGCUGCUGCUGCAGACACGUGACCUGACUCUGAGGAGAAGAGGAGACUUUUAUUUUCGACUUUUUUCAAACUGCAGUGAAGAUGCAAACAUCUGCUCUGGACAUCAGCUAAACAGGCCUGUGUGUGUGUGUGUGUGUGCGUGUGUGUGUGCGUGUGUGUGUGUGUGUGUGUGUGUGUGUGUGCGCGCGUGUGUCACCAUGAGCCUGGUCUCGGGCUUCCCUCACCACCCGGUCGUGCACCACCACGACACGCACCACUACUCCAUCCACGCCGCCGCCACGGCCGCGCGGUGCCACGAGGACACCGGGGCCCCGCCGUACUUCACGAGCUGGCUCAUCAGCCAUGCGGACAUGUCGCCCGCCGAGUACAGCCUCGCGCCGGGUUACAGCCCGGAGUACCAUGGCAACAGCGGCAGCGGAUCUACGACGAGCACCGGCCUGGACCCGCACCACCACCACCACCACUACGGAGCCGGGGCGCUGGUCCCCGGGGCCGUGAACGGAGCUACCGUGGGUAUGCACCACCACCACCACGCGCACCCGCGGCCCGUGAAGCGGAGACCCACGGCCAACCGCAAGGAGAGGCGGCGGACGCAGAGCAUCAACUCGGCGUUCGCGGAGCUGCGCGAGUGCAUCCCCAACGUCCCCGCGGACACCAAGCUGUCCAAGAUCAAGACGCUGCGGCUCGCGACCAGCUACAUCUCCUACCUGAUGGACAUCCUGGACAAGGACGGACAGCACGGGGACACGCAGGCUUUCAAGGCCGAGCUGAAAAAGACUGAGGCGCGAGAGGAGCGCAGGAAGAGAGAGGCGGUGGAUGUGCCCAAGACGACGACGUCAUCAUCGUCAUCUUCAUCGUUGUCAUCAUCAACGUCAACGUCAAUGUCGUCAUCGACGUCGUUACCGGGAGACAAGAAGAGUAAAGGACGGACAGGAUGGCCUCAGCACGUGUGGGCUCUGGAACUCAAACAGUAGCUGAGUCUGAACACAAGGCAAGGAGGCAAGGAAGGAAGCAAGGAGGCAAGGAGGCAAGGAAGAAAAGAAAAGAAAAGAAAAAGAAGGGGAAACUCUCUGUGUUCGGAGGUUUGACUCUAAACUCUUGUUUACCUCGACACAAACAAACAAACACAGGAUUUCUGUUGAAUAUUCUAAUCAUUUCAAUAGAAAAAAAGCAACAUUUUAAAGGGAUAGUUCAGGGUUUUUUCAUGUGUUUGGAGAGGAACACGCGGCAAAUGAGCAGAGGCAGAAAAACAAAAACAGACUAAAGCCAAAAGCCAAAGAGAAUAUACA